CCUCCGGAGAACAAUCCCCAGGCUGCGCCACGGCCCAGUUUCAUCCAGUCUCGCCAGAGUGGGGGUGGAGGGGUAUGGGAAUGGGAAGCGGCUGUCUGCGGCUCUCCCAGCACCCUUCUUAAACCCCCUGCCCCGGGUCUCGGCUCUGGCGCCCUCCUCACAAGCCCUCACUUUGAAAACUUUCGGAGUUUUCCUCCACUUGCGUCAUGGGAAAGGCAGGAGGGUGACAGAAGCCAGGAGGCGAGGCGGUGGAGGCGCUCAAGCCCCUCGGCUUCUCGCUGGCGGCGCGGAGGGGCUGCGAGUGCUGGACGAGGAGGCGGGCUGGGCGCACAGCCCGCCACCCACCGGCCGGACACCGUGGGGCCGAGCGGACGACUGACCGCCAGCCGGUCGGGCGCGCCAUCUGCUCGCCGGAGCGCACUCUCCAAACUCCUGUUGAGUGUGUGCGUGCACGCCAGGGCUGGGGGUCUGUACGACCUGCGCGCCGGGACCGGGGACCGCGGGGGUUACCUUUGGAUGGGGUCCUUGGACUCAGGUCAGGGUUAGCUUCAGGCUCAGAAACUGCUGAGGAGCUAGGCAAACAAAAGAGGCCACUCUGCUAGUGGCCAGAAGUCGCCAGAGCGCCUCGUCGCGCCCCCUCCUUCCCUAGGGUGGGAGCUGGCCACUCGUGAGGCGGGGAGAAGCCUCCUGAGCCGGCUGAGGGCUUGGGGGCCCGGGGGCUGGGGGCCGGGCCAGACCGGGCUGGGCCGCCGGGGUCGACGGAGUUGGCGGCCUGUUGUGUAAGCCUCAGUCCUUGUUUUCCCCAGCCUGGCUGGCUGGGAAGCCGGACACAUCCACCCUUGGCCUGGAUUCAAGAGGCUGCUGCUUUUCUCCAUGCCCCUCUUGGAUUUUCUGGAUAUUUGAAAACCCACUGGCCCAGGAGGAGGAGGAAGGAGCAGAUCUGCAGAGGAAUGUGAGGGAAGCCAGAAGGAGCUGGGAGCCAGAGCUGCCUGGAUUUCUGGAACGGUGGUUUCUGAGUGAUUCUCUUCCAUUUCAGAACAUUGUUCCAGUGGAAAGUGUCAAACAAAUUCUUGCUCUUUCAGAGCUGAUUUCUCCAAGUCACUUGACUUUUCUUCUGGGAGGGGAAGGAAGGAGAGACUGCCCGUUCUGGGGCUGCCAGGGGAAGGGAGGCAGAUUAUGGACAUGAUCCCUCCCUGCUCACAGCAGUGUGCUGGAGACCUAAUAAUAAUAGGGUAGUUAAUGGGCCGCGGACAUUGCUUUGAGUAGUGGGAGGCUGGAUAGCAUCUGUGGGUGCUGAGACCCCAGUUUAGGGGCUGAGAGACUUGAGUUGCUGUGACAGGCCUUGAGCUACUAGUGCAUUCUCAGUUCUGGGCGGGACCCUGUCUCAUCUCUCUCUACAACUGGCCCAGCCAUGGCGCUGAAAGGCCGAGCCCUCUAUGACUUCCGCAGCGAGAACAAGGAGGAGAUCAGCAUCCGUCAGGAUGAGGACCUGGUCAUCUUCAGUGAGACCUCACUGGAUGGCUGGCUGCAGGGCCAGAACAGCCGAGGUGAGACGGGGCUCUUCCCUGCCUCUUACGUGGAGAUCAUCCGGUCUGGUCCCAGCGCCAACCAUGCCGACUACUCCAGCAGCCCAGGCUCUCUGGGCACCCAGGUGAGCUCGUAUGACGUGGCCAGCCCUUCCAGGAGUGGUGGGGGCAGUGGCUUCCUCUCACCCCAGGGCAGCUUCGAGGAGGACGAUGACGACGACUGGGAUGACUGGGACGACGGAUGCACAGUGGUGGAGGAGCCUCGGGCUGGUGGGCUGGGCACCAACGGGCACCCUCCUCUCAACCUCUCCUACCCUGGUGCCUACCCCAGCCAGCACAUGGCCUUUCGGCCCAAGCCAGCCCUGGAGCGGCAGGACAGCCUGGCAUCUGCCAAGCGUGGCAGUGUGGUGGGGCGCAACCUCAACCGUUUCUCGUGCUUUGUGCGCUCCGGAGUGGAGGCCUUUAUCCUGGGUGAUGUGCCCAUGAUGGCCAAGAUCGCUGAGACGUACUCCAUCGAAAUGGGCCCUCGUGGCCCCCAGUGGAAGGCCAACCCCCACCCGUUUGCCUGUUCAGUGGAGGACCCCACCAAACAGACCAAAUUCAAGGGCAUCAAAAGCUACAUCUCCUACAAGCUCACACCUACCCACGCUGGCUCGCCAGUCUACCGGCGCUACAAACACUUUGACUGGCUCUAUAACCGCCUGCUGCACAAGUUCACUGUCAUCUCGGUGCCCCACCUGCCAGAGAAGCAGGCCACAGGUCGCUUUGAGGAAGACUUUAUUGAGAAGCGGAAGCGUCGGCUCAUCCUCUGGAUGGACCACAUGACCAGCCACCCCGUGCUGUCCCAGUAUGAGGGCUUCCAGCAUUUCCUCAGCUGCCUGGAUGACAAGCAGUGGAAGAUGGGCAAACGCAGGGCAGAGAAGGAUGAGAUGGUGGGUGCCAGCUUCCUGCUCACCUUCCAGAUCCCCACGGAGCACCAGGACCUGCAGGAUGUGGAGGACCGUGUGGACACCUUCAAGGCCUUCAGCAAGAAGAUGGACGACAGCGUCCUGCAGCUCAGCACCGUAGCAUCCGAGCUGGUGCGCAAGCAUGUGGGAGGCUUCCGCAAGGAGUUCCAGAAGCUGGGCAAUGCCUUCCAGGCUGUCAGUCAUGCUUUCCAGAUGGACCCCCCCUUUAGCUCCGAGGCCCUCAACAGUGCCAUUUCUCACACGGGCCGUACCUAUGAAGCUGUUGGUGAGAUGUUCGCUGAGCAGCCCAAGAACGACCUCUUCCAGAUGCUCGACACGCUGUCUCUCUACCAGGGCCUGCUCUCAAACUUCCCCGACAUCAUCCACCUGCAGAAAGGCGCCUUCGCAAAGGUGAAGGAGAGCCAACGCAUGAGUGACGAGGGCCGCAUGGAGCAGGAUGAGGCAGAUGGCAUUCGUAGGCGCUGCCGCGUGGUGGGCUUCGCCCUGCAGGCCGAAAUGAACCACUUCCACCAGCGCCGCGAACUCGACUUCAAGCACAUGAUGCAGAACUACCUGCGCCAGCAGAUCCUCUUCUACCAGCGGGGGACCAUGCAGCAUCUUUUCCCUGGGCUCGAGGUGCAGAGACAAGCCACUGACCCCAGGACCUUGGUGGCACCUUCCUGGAGAGGACACCCAGAAGUUACCAGAUAUUUGAAUUCACCAGCAACGGCUCUUCACAUUCUGAGCAGGCUCGGGCCCCAGUGCAUCCCAGAAUCCUUCCUAUUGCACAGAGGGAAGGCCAAGGGGAAGAAAGAUGGGGGUGGGCUUGCCCACUGCCCCAGAAGUCCUGGGCCCACAUGCUCAUGGCCAGCCUCACUGUGAUGCCAGCCCCGGCUCCCUCCCCAGCCAGGUUGUGCUGUCUCCCACCCAUGUUUACAUCCUCAGGGGGCUACUCCCUCUGCCUAGGCCAGAGUGUAGGCCAGUGGGUUGGGGGAACUGACAGGUGCCACUGCUGGCCUCCCCAGGAGGUCAUGGCCACUCCUGGCUCCUGCUGCCUGAGUCUUUUUUCUUUCUUAUUUUCUUGAUAAACCUUUUGCAAUGAAGACAACAAAGGCAUGUUUUUUUUGUUUGUUUGUUUGGAUCCCAAAGGGAUUGAGGGUGGGGGAAGGAUGAAACCCUAAGUGUCCCUGGGAGCUCUUAGACUGUGAGGUCAUGGUGGGCACAAAACCUCUAAAGCUGGGGGGGGACUGUGCUGAUGGCAGGUGCUAGCUGGGAGCUAGAGGUGGACGUGGACCCCAGCUGGACACACAUCCUUCCCAGACCUCACUCUCCCCAUUUCUCAAAUGGGUGGAGUCCUGCUGGGGUUCGGCUGUGCUGCUCAGUGAUCUAGGGCUGAGCUUGCCUGAGUGAGGGAGAGGAUGCCUGCUCCAGGACAGUCUAAUUGAUGGGGUUCUUCUCCCCAGAGAGGCAUGCCCCAGCCUGGCCCCCAGGAAAGCCCUGGUCCAGGAGAGGUUGGGGGGGGGACUUGGAAACCGUGUCGUGCCCCAAGCAGUCCAGGGCACCCAGUCCUGUGGUGGCUUCUGUGUUGGGCACUGAGGAGAACUGCCCCUGCCCCCCCCAGCUGGGCCCUCAGCGGUGUCCCAAUUAGGAUGAGCAGGAAUCAGUUUCCAUGUGGGAAGGAGGGGUGCUAGUCAAACCACGGUUCUCUUUUGGGGCAAGGGGGACUUGGUGGGAGGAUAGGGCUGGCAGGGUCUGGGCCUCGGGGGGCUUUGACCAGGCCGGGGCCCAGGGAGCUUAUAGUAGUGAGAGGGGUAAGGAAUGGCGGGUGCGGUGGGGAAGGGGCAGCAAAGGCUCCUCGUUCAGGGCAGAGCUUCCUCAGAGGAACUUCUGGAAUGGGCCCCUGGCCCUGGGUCAAAAUUAGCUCAGAUUUGGGACUUUCUGUGGAAUUUUCCCCUCCCUCCUCCCUGCCCUCCUUCCUUCAUUUUCCAACCCACCCAAGGACCUUCCAUCCUUAACCUCUUCGCAGCUUUGACCUCCAGGCCGCCUUUGUAGAUGGUACUCUUGAGCACAGUGGGGGAGGCUCCUUACUGAGGUCAGUCUGGGGAGGGGUGGUGGAAACGCCUUUCUUAACCCACAGUGCCUGGAAAGUCCCCUGUUUAUGCUUCCUGCCCUGGGAAUAGUAUUACUCUCUUGUGUCCCAUCCUUAGCGUGAGGGAGGCGGUCUGACACUUUACUCAGGAGGGCUUGGACCUGGGAGAAGAGUCCAGAAGUGAAGUGUUGGGACGGGCCAGGUCUACUGUGGGCAUCCUGAGAUAGCUAGGCUGGGGCAGGCUUCUAUGUAAUGGGGAGUGAGGAUGUCACAGCCAUUCUCUCAGGUUUCUUUCUCUCUGUGGGUUGGGGUAUUGGGGGGGGUAGUUUGAGAUCGGUCUGGGUUGACUGGAGCCCCUCAAAGGAGGGCCCUGGGGGACCAGUUGGGGGAGGCGUGGGAGCAUCCUGGUGGUGGCAGGGCCUGCUGCCUGGCCUCAGUCACUUGCCAGGCAGAUGUUCCAGACAGAGCUGGGCCCGGCUACCUCCAAUACCCUCCCUCACUUUGCUGUGAGGGGGGUGGAAAACAAGGCCCCUCUUUCUGCCCUGGGCAGCUGUCAGGACCUGGGGGUGGGGGGGAUCUGAAUCUCUGAUCCCCAGUCUUGGUCCAACCCACGAAAGGAGUCGGCUUUGUGGCCACAUGUGGGGGUUGGGGAUGGAGGCAGCCCUCAGAUCCUGCAUCUGUUGGACAGAUCCCGGACACACAGGAGGACCAUGAACCACCAUGCCACAGCUCUGCCACGGCUGUGCCACUCCUGGAGGGGAGGCAGGCAGACGGGUGGCUCCAGAGCCCUCUCAGCACCUCUCCUCCAUCCCGUGGCACCGCUGCGCUCUCAUCCACACAUCCACGAAGUCACAGGUGGAGCUGCCCAAGCCCAAGCAGCCACAGCCACAUGCAGCCACACACCCUGCCCACGGGGACAUGGGCCAGCCCUGGCCGUCCGCACACAGAUGCACAGUCACAUGCUUGCACAGGGGCGCUUCCAGCCACGGCGCCAGCCACGGCACAUGUUCACGGCCAUGGCUGCACACGCAUCAUCUCUUCUCAGCACCGAUCACAUCGUGUCCCCACGCAUAGCCGUACUGCAGUCCUACCUGCACAGAGUGACACAUUCAGACACACGGCCACAAGUCACACACGCUCAGAGCAAAGGUGUCACGUGUGUCGCUGCUUCUAGAUUGCACCCGCGCCACCUUGUGGGGGAGCCAGUGGCAUCACCUGUCAUCUGACACUGGCGCUGUCCAGAUGGGGAACCCGAGGUCUGGUAAGGGGUGGCACCUGGUUGUGUCACCCGAGGGUGUUCAAGGGCUUGAGCCUAGCCCCGGGUAGCUCUGUGGCCAGUCCCCAGGGCCAGUCCCUCCUGCCUCAUAGGCCCCUGGCUG